GUUCUAGACUCUGAAAUUGAUCAAUUCAAAAAAUACCUUUGCAUUCAGUGACGAAGCUGCUCGUGAAGAGAAGCAUAAUUUUUAUUGCUUAUGAUGAUUUAUUAAUUGCUAGACUAUUAACAAUCAUGCAAAUAGCGAGCCUGAUGCCGAUCGCUGAAGCGACUACCGUUUGGCAACUUUACAGUCGAUGCAGUUCCGCUUUUGUACAGAUUUUUUUGAAACAUGCUAAUGCACGAGGGCAACAAUCCGAUCAUUGUUUAACCGAUUUCUUAGUGCAUGCAGAUAAUGAAGGGCGCAUUCGGAUGGAAAAUGCUCUUACCGGUAAAUUUAUAUGCUUUAAUAAACGACAAAGGCUUGCAAUUAGAGUAAGUGUUUAA